UGCUGUAUUCUACUGUACUGUACUAAACUAUGUGUUCACUGGGAAAUCAUCAAUGAGUGAUGCCUCCAUGGCUCAUAGACCCCAUUAUGUUACUUGCUCUGUCCCUUCUCCAGGCCAGAACACGUGCCAGCCCAACCCAGCCUUCUCGGCGGGCUAAUGUGCCUCGCACACGCGCAGUCCGGUCCCAACUGCGCGAGGUAAAGGAGGUAAGGAGGUACCUCCACACUCACAAGCUCCGACCCUCUGAACUGGCCAAGAGGCUUGACAAACAUGGCACGGGACGCAUCAGUCGGAAUGACCUCCGAGCUGUGUUUGAGAAGGAGGGCCUCCCUGUGGUGCCAGAGCAUCUGGAUGACCUGGUGUCCACUCUUAGCGGCAUGGAAGGGGACACGAUGACAGUGAAGGACCUGGCGGAGGGCAUCAAGGCCUGGAGCCUAGAGAGGGAGGAGGAGAGUGCCAGCUGGGGCCGCAGGGGCCUGACAGAGAGAGGAGAGCUAGAGCUGGAGAAGGGAUGCAACAGGGAAAUAGAGAGAGUGAGGGGCAGGGAGCAGCGGUCUCCGAGCAUCCCAGCACGGAGGCCAGUGUGGAGCCGUGGUCUUAAGCGUGGGUCAGGGAGGCAUGGUGCCCAGCUCCUGCCCCUCCCCAGUCCUGAGCUGUGCCUGCAGACUCCCCUGUCUCUAGAGGAGCAGCAGGAGCAGGCCCUUAUACAGCAGCACCGCCGCAACAGGAUCAAGGAGGGCAUACAGGAUGAGGAGGUGCUGGCCAUCAUGAGGACAGUGUGUACAGGGAACACCACCCAGGACGCCCACUCCCACCCGUCCUCUCUGGGAGGAGACACGGCCCGAGCGUUGGACAAGUUCAGGAGACAGUGUCUGGGGGAGUACCUGGACUCACUGGACCAGUGUCACACACAGGGGGUCACGGUCAACCAGGCCACACUGGAGAGAGUUCUGCUGCAUCCAGGGGACCAUGUCCUAGGGGGUCCAGAGAGUCUCGUGCUGAGGCAGGCAGGAACCAAUCCCAUGCCAGGGUGUGGGGGCCGUCUAAGGACCUGGAUCGGUUACAGCAGCAGUACCCCACGGGGGGGCGAAGAGAAGGAAGAAGAGGAGCAUGGCCUGGAGGAAGAGGCCGCUCUACACAAAGUCUGCAAGGAUACGCCUUUGUACCCCUCCCAUAGGUCUGUACGUCGGGGCCCCAAGAUGAUGACCCUGUCCACAGGUCGAGCUGAGGUCAGACACAAGACAGAGUGCUGGCUGACCAGGGAGGAGUACACGCACAUGACCAGCAACAUGAGGGAGCCGUCCAGCCGUAGAGCCGACCCUAACGCGUUCUGGACUGGUCAGGACAACCAUGUGAGACUCUACCUGCCCAAAGUGGGCCUGUCUCCUGAGGGGGUCCUCUUUGAGCACAUCAUCCGCUCUCCCGCCCCAAGCCCCGGCAGCUGGCCUGUCAACGACAGGGGCUACUCCACCUCUGGAGACAUAGAUGGACACAAGGCCUACACCCUGUAGAGCGCUUUACUCCAUGCUCCAGAUACAAUAUUGUACUUUCAUGUGGGAGUUCAAAGACUUUUUGCUGUUAGAUUAUGGUUACAGUCUUAUCCAAGGGUCUCCUCUUCAUUUCACGAGGCUAUUUUUAAUUGAGAUUAUUUCG